UCGCCGUUUCCUCAUUCCCUUCUAUAAAAUCCUCCUCGCUUCCCCCUCCUUUCUCUCUCAACCCUACACCAAUCCCAGCGUUUUCUCUCAACAAAAACAGAUAAAUCAACAUUAAGCUCUUUUUUUUAACGGAAAACGGAAAGUCUUUCCCUUUAUAAAUGGCGCCGAGAGAGAAAACGGCGGCCGUCAAGUGUUACGGCACCGGUAACGGAACUAGUAAGGAGGUUCAUUUUAGAGGAGUGAGAAAGCGCCCAUGGGGACGUUACGCUGCUGAGAUCAGAGAUCCGGGGAAGAAGAGUCGUGUUUGGCUAGGAACUUUUGAUACGGCUGAGGAAGCUGCAAGAGCCUACGACACCGCCGCCCGGGAAUUUCGCGGUGCCAAGGCUAAGACUAAUUUCCCGCUUUCCUGUGAAAAUCUCAACAAUGGGAAUAACUGUAACAAUUAUGGUAAUAACAACAGCAACAACCAGAGUCCUAGCCAGAGUAGCACCGUGGAGUCCUCAAGCCGCGAGCCGACGCUCAUGAUCGAUUCUUCGCCGAUAAAUCUCAACCUCGGACACGGGGCAGUUUCCGGGUACGGAUCUUCCACAAAUAGGUUUCCUUUCCAGAAAGUUUCCCCGGUUGCCGGCGUUUUUGCCACCGGCGUACCGGCUGUUGCAAGUCCUCAAGUUUUCUACUUUGAUGCGUUCGUUCGGCCUGGUGUUACGAAAGGACAGCAGUAUCAACGGAUGACAUUGGAUCGUCAUGAUUUUCAUGCGACGUUUAACGGUGGAGUACAAAGCGACUCCGAUUCAUCGUCUGUCAUUGAUUUGAACCACAACGAUGUCAAGCCACGUCCGCUUCUUAACAUCGAUCUCAACCAGCCCGCUCUUCCGGAAAUUGCCUGACUUUUUCGCCGAUCAUAAAACCGGAAAAGCACAAUUUUAUUUUUGGUUCUUUAAAUUAAUUUCUCUUACAAUUUAGUCCGUAAGAAAAAACAAAGCUGGCCUUGAGAAAAUGACCCCAAAAAAAAAAACAUAAAAGAAUUACUGUGAGAGCGUUGGGAGGUUGAUGUGAUCUAUUGGGACAAUCGUUCGAUUAUAAAAUCACCGGCGGCCAAAAGAUGUGAUUACUUAGCUGAUCUCUCCUUUUUUUGCAACAGAGAAACAUCAAUAUCUCUGUUGUUUCAUAACUAGUUUCUGUACUUUUCUUUUCAAUGAGUUAACAAAAACAUAUUUAUAUCAUCUGGCAUUUCAGUUCUUUUUCUUAA